UGAUGUUUGCUGCCUGGCUGGCUGGUUGGUUGGCUGGUUGCCAGUCGCCAAGAGUGAUGAUGGAAGUCAUGAGGUUGGUGAACUAUGGUGACCCUUGACAUGCUCAUUUCCUUGAAGUGGAAAAGCUAUGCCUUCUCGACUCCCGCCAACCACCGACCUUACCAACCAACCAACCAACCAACCAACCAACCAACCAAUCUUCCAUCCAUCCAUCCAUUCAUCCAUCCAACCCACCAUCCAGCCCUCUCCCUCUCCUAAUACAGUGGUGAAGACUAUUAAUUCCGUCGAUGGUUCACCUAUAUACUGUAGUGGUGCUCCAACUCGCCCGGUCUCCUCAAGUCCCCCUUAAUCGCGCUGCCAAGGACCGUUAAGAUCGAGAAGCAUGAUUUUUCAUUUUCCCCACGAACACUUUCUUUAGGUCGGCAGGUUUUACGGGAGAUUGCCCCCAUGAAAGAAGUACGUUGGGUUAGUUAUGGGGGUAAAAAGCACACACUUCGAUGUCGACCUUUCAGUUUCCAAGCAAGCGUGAUCCGGUCGGUUCCUCUCGCGCCUCCAGUGAACUCUCGAAAGUUUGAGACACAUCCGAUCGAUCGAUCGUUCAAUGUGAUUCACAUUGAAGAUCUUACUUUCCUCCAACACUAUGAGCGGCCAACUGCUACAAGUGGCAAUCUUGGGUGUGAUCUUGUUCGGAUCACCUGCCCACGCCUUGAGGGAAAAAAUAUCUUGCAUCGAAAAUGGGAAAUUUUAUCGGAAUCCCAAUCGGGAUCCCAACGAGGUCUGGUCCGAUAAGCAUUGCAGUAAAUAUUUUUUAUGCAUCGAGGGCGAGGUGUACGACUUCAAAUGUUCCACGGGAUUGAGCUUUGACAUUAACAGGCAGAUUUGUGACUUUAAAGACAAAGUUGACAAUUGCGACAUCACGUCGGAAGUCACCACGCCCAAGCCGCUCUUCAACACUGAAGAGCCCAUUUGUCCCACCGGGGAACACGCUUGCGCCGAUGGGACGUGUUUGCCCACGCCCCUCUUUUGCGAUGGCCACGCCGAUUGCUACGAUGGGAGUGACGAAGGAUGGUGCGAUGCCGAGCAUGAUCCAAAUGCCGCCCCCUCGUGUGAUUAUUCAAAUUGUACCUUGCCCCACUGCUUCUGUUCGGUGGAUGGGACCUUGGUCCCAGGUGGUAUGGAUCCAUCAGAUGUGCCCCAGAUGGUGAUCAUCACCUUCGACGACGCGGUCAAUGACGAGAAUUGGGACCUCUACCAAGAGAAGCUCUUUCCUCCCGGCAAGAAGAACCCGAAUGGAUGUCCCAUUCAUGGGACCUUCUUCAUUUCGCACGAGUACUCGAAUUACGCCAUGGUGAACAAGUUGUGGAACCAGGGUCAUGAGAUUGCCGUCCAUUCGAUCACGCAUCGCAGUCCUGAGAAUUGGUGGGAUAAGAACGCCACCAUUGAGGAUUGGUUCGAUGAAAUGGUAGGCCAAGCUAACAUCAUUAAUCGCUUCGGAGGCGUCCGAAUGGAAGACAUUCGAGGGGUUCGCGUGCCAUUCCUGAGACCGGGAUGGAACAAGCAGUUUCUCAUGAUGAAGGAAUUUGGUUUCGUUUACGACGCGUCCAUUCCGGCCCCACUCAGUGAUCCGCCCAUUUGGCCCUACACGUUGGACUUUAAGAUUCCUCACAAAUGUAUCAGCAAUCGCAUGUGUCCCUCCCGUUCGUUCCCGGGCAUUUGGGAGAUGCCGUUGAACCAAUUGGUUUUCGAGGAAUACAGCUGUGCCAUGGUGGACAGUUGCCCCCCGUACUUUGACCAAGACGAGAUCUACGAGAUACUUAUGACCAACUUCAAUCGUCAUUACAAUUCCAACCGCGCUCCAUUGGGCCUCUACUUUCACACCACGUGGUUCAAAGACAAGAAGAACCGACGGGCGUUCCGAAAGUUUCUCGAUCAAAUGGUGUCUCGCAAUGACGUUUGGGUCGUAAACAACUACGAGGCCAUCCAAUGGAUGCAAUCCCCCACCCCGCAGGCCCAAAUGAACGACUUUCAGGCCUGGAAGUCGUGUGAUCAACCCAUUCCCAUCGAAGAACAGGCCUGUAACAUUCCAAACGUUUGCAAGUUGUUCUCCCGGGAGCUCCGGAAGCAAAGAUAUUUGUACACUUGCAAGGAUUGUCCAGAUACCUAUCCAUGGAUCAAAAACGAAUUUGGAAUGGAAUUUAAGUAGAGAAUACUCAUCUGUUUGGUGUCAAGCUCUACGACGUCAACUAGGAAGGAUAUCAAUCCUUGCGAUAGCAAGCACAUCAAUUGUUUUUAUUUUGAUGAAUACGUAUAUUGUAACUUCAUUUUAAGAAAAUAUAAAAUUCAAAUCUGA